GAAUAUUAUAUUGAAAUUAAUAAAAGCAAGCUUUGGACACUCCAUUUCCUCAUCACCCACUCACCCACCAAACCUUCAGAAAGCUCAUUGACUUUCAGCUAAUCUUAGCAGAACAACUAACAAUGGCCACUGCUAGCAUGAUCACUUCUUGUUCAGAUUCAUCUCACAAUAGUCUUAAUAUUCAUUCCCACAAGCUUCAUCAUUCAUCUUCAUCUUCAAGGCCAUGUUUUUUGCCAGUCUUGGGAAAGCCAAACAAGAUCACUCAUCACUCCCUACACUUCUUCAGAUCCAACCUUAAACAACAACAUGGACAUUUUAUUGUUAAGGCUGCCUCUGACCCUUCUUCAGUUCCACAACCUCCCAGCAAAUCUCCUUUCCCUGGAUGGCAAUGGCUGAUGGGAAUACUACUAUCAGUAGUUAUACCUAUUUUGAGGACUAAAGGAGGACCUUUGGCUCUCUUAAAAAAUAAUUUGGACAAGGCACUGGAGACGGUAGAAGAGGUGGUGGAGGUAGUGGAGGAGAUAGCGCUCGAAGUAGAUAAGGUGGCAGAGGAGAUAGAGAAGAAGCUUCCCGGAGAUUCUAAGUUAAAGAAAAGCCUUGAUUCUAUUGAAAAUUUAGCUGAACAAGCUGUCAGCUAUGCCAAACAAGCUGAAGGAGUCAUCAAUAAGGUGGAGGAGAUAGAAAAACAGGUGGAAGAAGAAUUCUUGAAAGCAAAAAGUACAAGUGAGGGACAAGACACCACUAGCAUGGAGUGAACGUAACACUGAAAGGAUUAUGUGAUGAAGUUUUAGUGUCUGCGAUGUUUAAUAUGUAUGUUUGGGAUUCAACUGUUUUUCUUCCUUAAUCGUUUCUUCCUGCGACUGCAUAUGAUCAAUAGUUGAGUAUGUAUGAUAUAUCGAGAAUUGAUAGUGAA